UCUCUCUCUCUCUCUCGCUCUCUCGCUCUCUCUCUCGUGCGCUCGGGUUCUAUGCAGGCUGAUCAUCACCUCUCAACAAGCCACUUGCUACUGAGGUAAAAACUUUAAGAAGCUCACUCAGACAGCUCCCCUUUCCUCCCGUCCGAGGAUGCUGGAAAUCGGACCAAGAUGGGUGAGGUUGGGCUGCUUGUUGGUUCUGUGUCUGUUUCUCUGCCUGCCGGGGGAAUCAAACAGCAGGAGAGCCCCCAAGAUACCCCGCUGUCCUGCAACCUGUUCCUGCACCAAAGACAGUGCCUUCUGUGUGGAUACCAAGGCGAUCCCCAAGAGCUUCCCCCCUGGAAUCAUCUCUCUGACGAUGGUGAAUGCAGCUUUCACUACAAUCCCCGAGGGAGCGUUCUCACACCUUCACUUGCUGCAGUUCCUGCUCCUGAAUUCCAACACAUUCACUACAAUUGCUGAUGAUGCGUUUGCUGGUCUGGCUCACCUGCAGUACCUGUUCAUUGAGAACAACGACAUCCACGCUCUCUCAAAGUACACCUUCAGAGGACUCAAGUCUCUGACUCAUCUCUCGCUCUCAAACAACAACCUGCAGCAGCUACCCAGAGAUCUCUUCAAACAUCUAGACAUCCUCACAGACCUAGACCUGCGUGGGAACUCUUUCCGCUGCGACUGUAAAAUCAAGUGGCUUGUAGACUGGAUGGAGAAGACCAACACUUCUGUUCCUGCCAUAUACUGUGCCAGUCCCUUUGAAUUCCAGGGACGCAGAAUCCAUGACCUUGCACCACGAGACUUUAACUGCAUCAGCGCAGAUUUUGCUGUGUAUGAAACUUUCCCUUUCCACUCUGUGUCAGUUGAGUCUUAUGAGUUCAAUGGAGAUCAGUUUGUAGUCUUUGCUCAGCCUGAUUCAGGGUUCUGCACCCUGUAUAUAUGGGAUCAUGUGGAAAUGGUCUUCAGGAGGUUUCACAACAUUACUUCUCGUUCUGCCGUGUACUGCAAACCAGUGGUGAUUAACAACACACUUUACAUGGUUGUGGCUCAACUCUUCGGUGGUUCUCAUAUAUACAAGUGGGAAGAGGACCCACAGCGCUUUGUAAAGAUCCAAGACAUUGACACCAGUCGGGUAAGGAAACCCAACUUCGUGGAGACCUUCCAGCUGGAUGGCGAGUGGUACUUUGUGGUAGCAGACAGCUCCAAGGCGGGCUCCACUAGCAUUUAUCGGUGGUAUAGCAAUGGUUUCUACUCCCACCAGUCCCUCCAUCCCUGGCAUCGAGACACCCAUGUUGAGUUCCUCGAUGUCGGGGGAAAGCCUCAUCUCAUCCUCUCCAGCGCCUCUCAACCGCCGGUGGUUUACCAGUGGAACCGAAGCCAGAAACAGUUUGCUUUCCACUCCCAGAUCACAGAGCUGGCUGAUGUGCAGAUGGUAAAGCACUUCUGGGUGAGGAAAGUUCUCUACCUUUGCCUCACGCGCUUCAUCGGUGAUUCCAAGAUCCUCCGCUGGGAAGGACAGCGUUUUGUGGAAAUCCAGACUCUUCCCUCUCGGGGCUCAAUGGCAGUGUAUCCCUUCGUUGUGGGCCUUCGCCAGUACCUCAUUCUUGGAAGCGAUUUCUCUUUCUCCAGGGUAUACCUGUGGGAUGACCUCACUCAGCGCUUUCAACCCUUCCAAGAGCUCAACAUGAGAGCCCCUAGGGGCUUCAGUUUGGUGUCGGUGGACAACAAGGACAUCCUGCUUGCUGCCAGCUUCAAAGGCAAUACCCUAGCCUACCAGCACCUGGUGGUGGAUCUCAGUGCCAAGUAGACAUGUGAGAGCAACAAGAGGUGUUUCUGGAUAUGUAUCAAAUGUGCCAAAUAAGUAAAAGACUGUUUUUGCCAUGGAAAUAAAAGUCUGCUGUUUCCUCUGAUGUUUUAAGCGAGGCAGUUAACUAAAUGAGUAUUUAAUCUAUUUUUAUGCACUAUCCCUUAAUAUCUGAAUAAAUAAUGUGUCAUUUAACAUAAUAACAGAGGUGUCGUGUCACGGCUGCAUCACUGCUUCAGGCAAUGUUGUUUUUGAAUUAUGUUGUAUAUUGUACUAAUGUGACAAGGUGCAUGUGCAUCUACUGAAUUCUCCACUGGUAAUUGCAUAACUGAGACUAAAAUUAUGGCGGUUUUCUAACUUAGAACAUGUAGGCUAGCUGAUCUGAGUAACUAUUUGCAUGACACUUUAUGUCACUAUAAGCAAGCUUCCACCGCAAUAAUAUAAAUCCUUGAUUAUCUUUAUCUUUAUAAAUGAGAUAUUCUUGAAUCUGUUUUGGAAUGAGUGUUUGUUCUGCAUUUAUAGCAACGGGUCAGAGCUGGUCUGAGGACGCAUGAGCAAACUAAACAGUAACUAUGUGGACCUACUUGUGUGCUGCUCAGCUUAAUUUUUUUUUAUGAUGUUAUGAACUGAGUUUACACAGACAUUCUUUGAUUUUGUUAUGGUGCAUAUUUCCCUGCUUUUCAUGACAGUGGGCCUCAACUAAUGGCCAGGUUUGAGGUCAUGUACAAAACUUUGGGAUUUGUGAGAGCUACAUUCUCUUCUUCUUUUUCUUUUGGAUGCUCCCCCUUUAAGGGUCGCCACAGCAGAUCAUCUGUCUCCAUCUCACCCUAUCCCUAGUAUCCUUCUCUGUCACAACAACCCUCUGCAUGUC